CGAUUCAUGUUUCUUAUUUUAUGAGCCUCCAAUCUCGAGAAUUUUGGGACGUUUACGUGAGAAAGUAUGGCUCCAAGGCCGCCCAUGCGGGCCCCAAGAUAAUUGGUAUAUGCCAACCAAAAUCAAAUCCUGAUGGGCCAAGGACAAAUAUCCGUCUCAUACACACGAUUCCCGCUUCUGAUAGAAAGAAUCCUGGGCGCUUUUCACGAACAAAAACCAAAAUCGCUCAUUCGUUUGAUGUCGAAAAACGAAGAAUGAUUGCAAUAAUUUCAGAAGCAGCAAAGGGUGUCAAGCCAGAAGUGAUGGAACCAGUUCUAGCUAGUGGAGAAUAUGGUGGUCAAACAUUCAUAAGUCCUGGCACUAGAGCUGAUCCCGUACAAAUGGAUUGUCCCAGAUUCGAUGAGAUCAGAUGGUAUCUGGAAACAAACAAAUUUGCACUUGCUAUACAUACCAUGGAUUUCAACAUGCCUGCACAUCUGUUCAAAAGCUAUAUCGAUCGUCAUGGAGGGAUUAACCUCACAAAUGUAAAAUAGAAAACCUUUCUUCUCGUGGCAAACACAAGAAAUGAACUGUUCUAGUAUGGUGUUCAACUUUUCUCAUUCUUCAAUUCUCACAGGUUUGCUAAUUGACAACAGUUACAGUUAUCCCGGUUAUGGGAUAAUGCUAAUCAAUCCUACCGGCUGGAUGCGGAUACCUGCGCCACAGGCGACAACUUUGCGAAAACACCCCCGACCAGAAGAGCAAUUGACAGCAAUUUUUGAUAUUAUCUGCAGAAUCUAUUUAAAUAAUGUAGAUCUUCAAAGGAAAACUAAAGAUAUGGACACCGCAUAUUUCAAAUUUUGUGUGAAUAAUAUAUGGGAAACGGAAAGAGGCCGAGGAACUAAUCCAAGUGUCCUGGAUUAUCCUGCAAUUCCGCAGGGUUUCUCCUGGGACCCGGCGGGAGAUGAGCUACUCGAUGCGUGUAUUUAUUAUUCGGAUCACUUUGUGGAUGCCCCUAUCGGUCAGGGAAUCGCUAGAAGGGCAAAUGUUCAUGCACCCAGUGCUCAGGCACGAAAAAGACAAAAGAAUGCGCAUGAACUUAUGACGGAGGGAGAUCCUAUAAGACUAGGAUUUAAGGAACUAGUUGGGGAACCUCUACCACGGAGACCGGAUGUUGAGGAUAAGCUCCUGCCGCCGCCACUCCCGCGUUCCAUAGAACGUCCUAUCGAGGGUGGGUUCGGAGCCACCAGGUCAAAAACUUAUUCUGGAACGAGAGGAGGAGUGGGAGGUCAGCCAAACCGCAUUUAUAAAGCAUAUAGACUCCCAGAUGCAAAUGAUAGUCAGUCUGCUUCACCCGAUUAGAAUGCUAGUCAUCUUGGUCAGACUAAACCAUCUUUUAAAGAGCAACUUGGGAACUUGGGGUGGGGAGAACCAUCUAGAAAGGGCAUGAAGCGGACAGGGACAACCGAAACUUAUCAUCCGGCUGCUCAGCCUACGCAGACAUAUAAGCCGUAUCGGCCACCUGGUUGAGGUUAGGUUGGUUUUUUUGGUUGUACUGGGCUACUUCUAGUCUAGGUCAUCUGUUGUAUUGCACUUGUAGAUAAAGACGUCAUAGGAAGGUUCUAUUUUGUAAGCCUAGAAGAGCGGUUUGUAUGUUUUGUCCAAGCUUGAGGUUAUUUGUAUUUUCAGUUGAACUUUGGGAGAUAUAUUACAUAUCAGGGUAUAUUAUCAGUUGUAAUUGCUGUUCGGCACAUGUGCGGAUCCAGUAGUAUUGGUAAUAUAUACAGUGAAUACAAACCAGGCUAUGCACCUACCUUCU